GCGAGAAAUCCUCUCCAUUGUCUUCUUUCCUCGCCCUUCUCGGGGCCUUCAGUCCCUACAGGCAGCAAACCCUCUACAUAGUCACAUUGAGAUCACUCAGCCAUAUAUCCUUUUCUAAGCUCAAAUAAUAAUAAUAAAAAGAACAAAAUAACUAAAUUCUGUGUAUCCCCAAGUAAUGGCCCAGUUGGAAACCCUAGAUUCACCCCAAUCAUCCUCUUCUUCUUCAUCUUCAGAUCCACACCUGUCGUGGAACUUGUCAUCCAGUCGACUCAACGCACAGGCGCCGGAAUUUGUGCCUACUCGCUCUACGCCUCUGCAGCAGCAACAAAAUCACAGGAUGAUGAUCCCUCCUCCUCCGCCCCCUGGGAUGCUGCAGGUCUACCCUCCUCUUCCUCCUCCUCCGACAGCGUUUCAUCUUCCCGUCCAUAGCCCCGUGCCUAUGCCGCGUCACAUGGUUCCCGUCCACCAUCAUGUGCCCAUGCGGAAUCAUCAUCAUCCUUACCAGAAUCAUCAUCAUCAUCACCAUCGAGAGCAAGAAAUUGAGGCCGUUGUGAGGAAGGAUCAACAGAAGGAGCACAAGGAUCAUGGUGCUACUUCCUCCAAAAAUGUACUAUCCGAAGAAGCUACAUUAAAGAUUUUGAAUCAGGUUGAGUACUAUUUUAGUGAUUUGAACUUGGCCACCACCGAUCAUCUUAUGAGGUUCAUUAACAAGGAUCCUGAAGGAUAUGUGCCAUUAUCUGUUGUUGCAUCUUUUAAGAAGAUUAAAGCCCUCAUAACUACUCAUUCCCAGCUAGCUAGCGUUUUGCAGAACUCAUUGAAGCUUGUGGUUAGUGAAGAUGGAAAGAAAGUAAGACGCCAGCAUCCCCUAACUGAAGCAGAUAUGGAAGAGUUGCAAUCUCGUAUAGUUGUUGCUGAAAAUUUGCCCGAGGAUCACUGCCAUCAAAACCUUAUGAAAAUUUUCUCUGCUGUUGGGAGUGUGAAGACAAUCCGUACCUGUCAGCCGCAACCCUCUGGUUCUGGGGUAUCUUCAGCAUCUAGAUCAGCAAAAAGUGAUGGCUUGAGUUUUAGUAACAAGUUGCAUGCGUAUGUGGAAUAUGAAUCUGUUGAGCUUGCUGAGAAAGCAGUAGCAGAGCUGAAUGAUGAGGGAAAUUGGAGAAUUGGCCUGAGGGUCCGCCUAAUGCUUAGACGUGCUUCAAAACCUGCUCAUGCAAGAGGGAAAAAGGGCCAUGAUGGGGAAGGUCAUUAUGAGGAAGAUGAUGCUUCUACAUCUGAGCAGCAGUCAAAUGAGAAACAACAAGAAGACCCUUCUCGGUUGUCUGAUAUCCAUUCACAUGAGUAUCCCGGAGAGGAGCAUUCCAAUGACAAAGAGUGUGGACAGAAAAAAGGGCGAAACAGGGGCCGAUGCAAAGGACGAGGGCGGGUUCAUUACCAUAAUAACCAUCAUAAUAGUCGUGGAAAUCAUGUGAGCACCCCCCCUUUAGCUUCAAGUAAUUUGGUCAGUGACGAGCAAGCAAGUGUGGCGAAGCAGGCCCCUGGUCCUCGUAUGCCAGAUGGCACAAGAGGAUUUGCUAUGGGUCGGGGGAAGCCAGUUUCUGUUAACACUGCAUGAUUAAUAUUUAUACUACACAAUCUUGUAACUCUGUGCAUUGGUAGAAUGUGGUACGGAGAUGUGUGCUUGAAGUGGUGUUUGGUGGCACGGUAUGUCAGGGACUGUCCAUCUAUGGUCGUUAGCUGUCCAU